AGGUGUGAAGAAUGUGAAUUCUGUGAACAACAAGGCCACAUUGUCUCAGGUACCCUUGUGCUGUUCUUGACAGAUAAGACAAGAUAACUGGUCAGCUUUUUCUCAUUUUUGAUUUUUUUUUCAACUCCACAUUUUGACCCACAUUUUUUUUGUUGAAUCAAAUUUCAAAAAUUUGACUCAUGCUUUUUGUCAUGGCAUCUGCAGAGUAUUUUUUCAUUCUUAUUUAGCAAAUCGUGGCCAUCUUUACCACAAUCAAUGCAUUUAAAAUUUUCUGCCUAUUUGUUAUUUUUUGACAUGUUUUUACCAUCGGUAUGUUUUUGUCCGCAACAGACGCCAUAAUAUUCAGUCAUUUUCUUCGACUGACUAAAGUGGAUGGACAACUCUCAAGAUUCUCAAGCUCCAUUCACACCACAGCUUAAACAUGUUUAAAAGUUGUUUAGUUGAACAUGGUUUUAAUUUGUUUUCUUUAAAAAAGCUGCUUACUAUACUUUUAUUGAUGGAAAAUGUAGUGCAAUAAUUUGUAACAUGUUAAAGUUCGUUUGAAUUUAUAUGUGAAAGCCUGCGUUCUAGUUUUCCAUCAUUUUUUAAAACCUAGGUUAAUUACACACGAUUAGAUGGUGUGAAUGGGGCAUUACAUGUAGUUUCAUCGCCAGUGUUAGACUUUCUCAAAGCUCGUUUCUGCUGGUUAGGUGGUCAGUCGUAUACGUGAUUCGCUUUCGCUCGCUUUGCAAGCAUCCCUCGUGCCUUUGGCAAUCACGCAGUUGACUUGGGGCAAUGCCAGUUUCUGAUGUCAUAGAGAUGCCAUAUUUUCACUGUUUAGUUUCCAGUCUUGUUCUCUGUCAUGCAUCUUGCACAGUUGUAACUAAUUUCCUCCUCCAGUCAUUGAUUAUUUGAAUGCUUGUGCAUCAGGCAUUUUCUUUUUUCUUGUCUAGGACCACUUAAGCGUUUGUGAAUUUGUUGAGUUGGAUUGCCCAAAUGAGUGUGGAAGGAAUCUCAAAAGGAAAGACCUUCAAAAGCAUUUAGAAGAAGAGUGUCCUAACAGGACCAAACCAUGUAGGUACUGUCAGGAGCAAGUGAAGUGGAAUGGACUAGAGGUUUGUCAUUUUUUUCUCUAAGGUUACAAUGAGUAUUCACCAGGCUCAAAAAUCGCCAUCGUAUUUCUAUCAAGACAAAUGUCCUUUUCACACGAAAUAGAGUGUUUAAUUAGAAAAGUUAUUUUUACAUGGUUGUACUAUACUCAGUGUAUACUGUAGUUAAAUACAUGUAUGUAACUAUCGAGCCAGAGUUUUAAAAUGUGAUUGACAUUUUGGUUUAGUGCACUCAAAUGACCUGAAAGAAAAGUGCGUUGAUAAAGGUGAAAAAACUUUGGUCAUGUCCUAGUAACACUAUGUACUACACAACAAUUUCAAAGGCCUAGACUGAUAUGAUUUGACAAGCCAAAAAAUUCUGGUCAAAAAUGAUCUCUUGAACAUUACAACAGGACUUUAUAUGUGUGUAUUGUUGUUUUAGUAGUGGCUUCUACUAUAAUUUUGUUUUACUUUCUUCAGAAACAUUUUGAAGUCAGCUGCCGCAAAUAUCCACAGACCUGUGAAAAAUGUGGACAAGAAAACAUACCGAAAGACAUGGUAAAUUCCUUUGCUUUUCUCAGUGUUUUCUGUCAUCAGGAGUUUCUUGAAAUGCUCCCGAGUUUCAACAUUGUGCAGGAUGCAGGGAGGGAGAACUGCAAGAAAAUUUCGAAAAGGAUGCACUGUUUUAUGUGGGCACCCAGAAUUUACAGAAAAUUAUCAAUACUGCAUUGCUGUCCCAAUUACUUUUGUCCAGGAUUGUAAGUUUCUGCAGAUCAUAGAUCAGAGCAGUCAAAGGGAAGCCAAAUUGCAGUGUCGUUUUGCAGGGCUUCUGUUGUUGUACAGGCGCUAGUAGUUCCUUUAUUUUCCAGAUCAAGGAACAUUUGGAGAAUGAGUGUCCUAACACAGAAAUAAAAUGCCCUUUUCACAUUGUUGGAUGCACGUAUGAGGUAUGACAGCUUUUUAUGAUCAAGAAAAAAAUACUGUAGUUAUUGUUAAACCGUUCGCUGCUAAUAGACCCUACAAUGACCAAAAGAUUCAAAUUCCUUUUUUUAAAAUCCAAAGAAAUACAUAGUACCAUGCAAAAGGUUUGCCAGCGUUUAACACUAUAGAACUCUGUCCGCAGACUCAGAAAGGUAUUAACAGUAACCGACAAAUUAUCCUGCCAUAACUUGAUUAGGAGUAAAAGUGAUGAAUGGAGAAUCUACAUGUAUGCUGUUGUUAUUAUUUCAAGUAAUCAUAAUGAUUUUAUACUCAUCGCCAAUAGAUGAGCUUGGGAACUGGUGCCUUAAAGGUUGGACGGGAGCCUGAACGCCUCAGGCAUAGCAAGGAGGUAUCCAUGGCAACCCUGCGAGCGGGAACCACCCCUGCAUGCAGCCGCCAACUGGCACCGUCACACUGAACGAAUUCAGUGGAAAAUAGUCACCCGACCUAAUACUUACCAAUGCACAGAAGGGGAGGGACGGGCUGGGAGCCAGAAUCCGCAACGAUUCGCUAAGCAACAGAUCUGUAAAGAUCAGCUCAAAAAUGCCAGCGUGAGAUGCAACGUAAGUCACAACAUAAGCAAAAGGUCCCUGUGGUCACCCCACAGAUCACCUACGCUUGAGGAGGAGACCGCUGACCGCAUUGGCCUGCAAUUUAACUUUGCCUAAAUUACAUUUAGCCACAUGUAAUAAUGAUGGUGGUAAUGUUCAAUAUUGAUUUCCGCGGGACAAAACAUAAAAAAAUUGAGUGGUGACAAGAACAAGGGGAGAAAAGUAGAAAAGCUAUUUUAUCUCAAAAGUCCCGUUCCCCUCCUCUCUUUGUUCUUUCUUCCUGCCUUCCUCUUAAUCUGAAACAAAAGAUUUCACUGGGAUCCCUCUUGCCUGAGGUAUACUCCUGUACUGAAUUGAUGCUUUAAUUUAAAAUCGAGAAGGACACUAAGCAGAAAAAAAAAUGACAGUGACGCUGAUGAUGUGAACCUGGGGCGUAGCCAGCUUUUCGACUAGUUGUAGGCCUGGCUGACUUUCAUUUCCACACAUCCUGAAAAUUGUACGCAUGACUGGUACGCACUGACCUCACCAACACUUUGACCUCUUCAGCGGUAGAGUGAUCAAACAAAACAUUUGUAGGCCCGGGCCUACAGGUCCAUAGGCUGGCAAAGCCCCUGUGAACUAACUGUUAAGUACAUGUAGGCGAGUCAUGAAACUUGCAAAUUCUGGUUCUUCGCGUUUUAGGCCAUUUUGUUCCUCUCGAGAUUUAACUCAUCCCCUGAGAGCUAGGAGCAGAUAGAGGGGGCGAGGGAAAGUCUAAACGGGCGGAAAAAAAUGGAGGGAAGAAAAGUAAAGAACGGGGAAAAGAACCCCUGGGGACAAUGUCUUACCAGACCAGUUCCAAAAUGCCGCGUCCGUUCUGGCUUCUGAUUGGUGCCAGAAAACUUUUGUUUCCCUGCCCAAUCAGAAGGCUCAAGCCUAUGAGUCGUUUCGUGUGUCCUUACACGGAAUGAUACAUGAAAAGUUCCAAUCUUAGCACAAAAUGUAAGGGAUAUCGUUCGGAGUUUAGGCGAGAAUCUCACCGGCAAACACGCUGGACCUUUCGCAGGUGUCAUAACAGUAGCCUAUUUGAAAGUUUGCGAAAAUAUUCACCGAUUCACUGAUGUGUUUUGGAUUCAAGGAGAUAUAAGCUUAGGCUUUAAAAUUAGGCAAGCAUGGUGCGGUGGUGAGAGCACUCGCCUCCCACCCUUUUUAUACAGGUACAGAUCCCUGUGCCUACGCCAUAUGUGGUUGUUGAGGUUCUUGUUGAUUCUCUCCCUUGCUCCGAGAAGUUUUUCUCUGGGUACUCCGGUCAGUUCCCCUUUCCUUAAAAACCAACAUUUCCAAAUUCCAAUUCAACCAGGAAUCAAGUAGAUGAAGAACCACUAAUCGCAGUGGAUGUGCUACCUCUAAAUCAUUAUUAAUUAAUUUAUUUAAAUGUAGGUCUGUGCUAGGAUUGAUGAUCUACGCAGGGUCGAGUUCAGAUAAUAUUUGAGACACAUCUUGGCUCUGUGACACGCAUGGGAAGGAAUAAAUGUCAUCUAGGACUUUUACUUAUCAAGCAGCUUCUCUGCAUUCCAUUCUCAUGCAUUGUGUCUUCAGCAAAAUAAUGGAUGAAAACGUCUUGUCAGUCAAUCGUUUUAUUUUACCUCAUAUUUAUACACUGUUUCCUGGGUGGAGAUGCAUGUUCAUACUGUGGUACAACGUGAAAAAGGAACAAGGAUUAAACUAAUAAUGAUGCACAUUUCAGUGGAUGCGAACUGAGCUAGCAGUAGCACUACAGAAUCAGGGCUCAUACGAAAAAUUGCUGUCAUUUUUUAGGACUUUUCAAGGACCACAUUGGAUUUUUAAGCACUACCUACCAGGAAUGUAAAUCACAGAUUUGUGCAUAAAUGCAAAUUACAACUCCAAGCUAAAAGGACUUCAAGCUUGAACUGUUUGCUCCACCAGUUUCUCUACAUUUUUCCGUGCACUUGUCUUAAAUUAAUAGUUAAUUCUUGCAUAAAACUCAAAAGACUUUAUGUAAAUCACCUAUAACUUCUCUGGGCUAUGAUUUAUACUCUGCUCUUGGACAACCAAAAAGCUUUAAAAACAGUUUCCAGGCCACUUCAUUCAAAGUUGAAGAAAUUUCUACGACUUUUCAAGGAUUUGCACAGAAAUUUAAGGAGUUUCAAGAAAAAAUGGAAUUCAAGGACUCCCUCCGAAAAUUCAAAGACUUUUCAAGACUGUGCAAACCUUGGAUUGUCAGUGUACAAUGUAUAACAAACCACUGCAGCAACAUUUUAUCUGUAAAAAUUGUUUGAAAACAUUCCCCUCUCGAUCUUUUCAUCCCAACAAAUGAUUCUUGGCUUCCACGAAGCAGAUCAGAUUCUUUACGUGUAUUUUCUCGAUUUCAGCUCAUUUACUCCUGAGAGAAAGUUUAAAAUGCAACGAAUAGCAUUUUUUUAAUGCAAGUUUCACUCUAGGAAAUAUUUUCAGCGAUAUACACAUCGGUGAAUAUUUUCGCAAACUUUCAAAUAGGCUGCUGUAACGAUACCUUCGAAAGGUCCAGCGUGUUUGCCGUUGAGAUUCUCGCGUAAAGUUCGAAGUAUAUCCCUUACAUUUUUAUCCUGUACACAGGCGUUGUUUUGUUUUUCUUUUAGAAAACAUUGGCGAGCGCGCGAGAUUGAAACUUUUCAUCUCGAGCAAAGCCUCGGCGACCGGCCCAGAGAAACAUGGCGAGCAACUGAGCUUCAUGUAUCAUUCCGUGUAAAGACAACGAAACGACUCAUAGCCCUGCUGCCUUCUGAUUAGGCAGAAAAACAUAAACGUUUUCUGGCACCAAUCAGAAGCCAGAACGAACGCGGCCUUUUCGAACUGGUCUGUUAGAACAUUGUCCCUAGGCACCGCCGUAGCCAGUAUGAGGCGGACCGAGGCACUCGCCUCGGUAAAAUUUUACCAAAUACUGUCGAUUUUUAUUUUUUUUAUCAGACUGAUAAUAUUAGAAGAUUUCAUACGGCUGAUUUCGUACAACGGACCGUGUGUUCGCCUCGGUUGUAGUUUCUUCCUGGCUACGGCCCUGCUAGGGGCUCUGCUACCCGUUCUUUACUUUUCUUCCCGCCAUUUUUUUCCGCCCGUUAUAGACUUUGCCUCGCCCCCACUAUCUGCCCCUGGGUCUCCGAGGAUGGAUUCAAUUCAUUAGUCCAGCCAAAUUUUGAUUACUAUAUUGUACUGUGGGAUAGCUGUCCUAAAAGGUAACGUUCAGUAACAAUCCGUAGCGGAGUAGUUUUUGAAUAACUUUGAGAUGUUUAAUGUUGUGGUGAAACACUGUUUUCAGGGUUUGCUAUAUCUUUUUACAAUAGAAUAAUUUCGAAGGAGAGAAAUUGAUGGUUGCAUAAACGAGACUUGUUUCAUUAGAUAUCUGUAACAGUGCACGAGUUACUUUUGUCUUUGACUUUUGAAAUAUCAAUAUGAGUUUGAGAAUUUUAAUCCAAACCUUCUUGUUUCUUACUUAUGUUAGGGUUUGCGAGUUAAUGUCAACAAACACAUGAUUGAGCAGCUGACCGGUCACUUGACCGAUAUGUCAAAGACAAUUGUUGCUUUAUCUACGUCCAUUAAAAGAGAACGACAGACUCGACGAACUGCUCCAAGACGCACUGGAGAUGAUUUGGGAGCGCGCCCUCAGGAACAGGCUGCACAAGAAGUCUAUUUGAGUGAAUUGUCGACACAGACACAGAAUCACCAGGGUGCGAUAGAUGAACUGAGACAUAGGGUCAACAAUGUUGACAACAAUGUACAUCGUUUGGAGCGUCGGCUGGAAGAAAUUCGUAUGAGGCAGGAAAGACCAAUUCAAGAACUCACAAUGCGGUAAGUGUCGCAUAACUUACAGAUCGCAGUAACUCGUGCUCUGGUUCAGCGUUUGCAAACUUUGUUUGUCAGCGGUGUAAUAUAACGUAACAAUUGCUAAAAUGUGUCCUUCUUGAUAGCCUAGGGAUCAAAGUUGGUUUCUAUUUGGGUCCAUCUCCACCUGUCACUCGGCGCGGUUUGCUGUUGAUUCUUAUUCGAGUCUAAAAGUUCUUCACACAAGUUGUCCGGUUGGUUCUCCUCUUCGAGAACCAGUAUUUCCAAAUCCCAGUGUGAUCAGUUAAUAGAGCAUCAUACAAGAGCCCAGAACAUUACGGAACACCCGAACUUUAAUGACAUUCGAGCGAUGGUUUUCUUCUUCGAGAGAAUAGAUAAUAAUACAUGGUCGUGCCGGGUGUCCGCGUCCUCAACUGCGUUGAUCUUUGCAUUUAUUUCAAAAACUGCCCCUCGUAAUUGUUAAUUACCGCUAAAUUUUUUUGUUCUUUUCGCUUGUUUGCAUUAAAAGCUUUGAUUAACAAUCGGUUCAAAGUUUCUCGAUAAGAAGAAAUAUGGCUUUGCUGUAUUACUUAUGUAUCAUGCAGCCCUAAUGUCUAAACUGAGAGCGAAAUAGAUCAUAUAUGUAUAUAGAUAUGGUUUUUUUAUGUUUUUUUUUUUAUUUGUUUAACGUGGAAAGACACAUGAGCCUUCUGGAUUGAGAUUUCUUGAUUGUGUGCGCUUGUGACUGCGCUUGGAUUUGUUAAGUGCGCAUCAAGUUGACAGGUAACUGCCCUCACCCUUCUACCUUUCCAAGAUCGUGAAAGAACCAAGACGUUUUCUUAAUUUAGCGAUUUGAAUACUGCAGCUAUCGAAUGAAAACACGACAACGAUUCAUCAUUACAGGUUCGUUUGGUCAAGUUCUGAAGUCAGGGGUCACUUUGUGGACACACGAGGGAAUCUAUUUGACACAAUGACUCUUUUGACCUUUAUCUUGUAACAGACCUUUUUGACGAUACCCGCCAUCUUUACACGCGCUCGAGGACUGAUGGAAUAAAAGCAAUGUCACGUGGUUUCUCAGUGGGGCAAACAAGGGAUAAAAUGUGCCAAUACAAGAAAUCACGGUUGAGUUUGUUUAUUCUAGACCAAAGAAAAUGAAGAACGUUUUAUCUUGAAGACCCUAAUAGCAAGUUAUUAGUGAAAGUGUUCAUUGUAACUUUAUUUGGAAGCAAUAGCGACCGUAGAUGUCCGUUCAGCAUGUAAUAAUGAAGUAAAACUUGUCGAAACUCGAACUGUACAUUUUGAAUGACUAUUAAAUCGUAGUCUCGUUUGAUAGAAUAAGAAAAAUGAACCGCGAUUACUCGUAUUGGCAAAUUUUAGUCAUUGUUUGCUCCCAGAGAAACCACGUGACAUUGCUAAUAUCCUAUCGAUCCUAAGGCGCAUGCAAAGAUGGCGGAUAUCGUGAAUAAGGUCUAUUGUCGUCGUCCUUAUCUGUUUUGUCACGUGGCCUUGACAUUAGAAAUGCUCUGCUACUUCGUAGGUUCAACCGCUAUGAAGCCAAGUUGCUGGAAUACGAAGGGCGUGUCUGUAACGGUUCUUACAUCUGGAGAAUUGAAAACUAUCGACAGUGUCGGCAAGAUGCCAUUAAUGGAGUCAUGACUGCAAUAUACAGCCCUGCUUUCUACACCAGUCUCUAUGGUUACAAAUUAUGCAUGAGGAUCAAUUUAAACGGCGUAGACGGUGGCGAAGGAGAACACGUAGCUUUGUAUGUGCACAUGAUGCAGGGAGAUUACGAUGCUAUCUUGGAGUGGCCCUUUAAACUGAGGAAGGUUGAGUUUGCAAUCUUGGAUCAGUGUGACGCGACCGAGGCUCGUCACCAUAUCAGCAGAUCGUUGGAAGUAAACCCUUACGCGCCUUUCCAAAUGCCCACAACACCUCGUACCCAUCAAGGACACGGCUUUUCGGAAUUCGCUCCCAUUACACGGAUUCGUGACGGGCAUCACGUCAUAAACAAUACCAUGUUCGUGUGCAUUCAGGUUAUUCUUUACCUUGAAGAUACGUACCGUACAUUUUCAAGUGACAAUUGACUGAACAGUGAGGAAGUGUUCAUAAAGAAGUAAAAUAUGAACAAUAUUUUAUUUUUAUUUUAUUUUAUUUGCCACAGAAUAAUAGAAAAUGAAUUACAAAUUAUAUAGGACAAGGAGAAAAAAGAAGUGGCGAGGAGACCUAACAGAAACUAUAGGAGCUUAUGAGAGGUUACACCUCCUCGAACUACGGGCUAGAGCUGUUCGCAUCAAUUCAAGAAAAGAUGGCGAAAAGUCGAAGAUGGAAAGAUUUAAGAUUGGUUUUCAUAUUUACUUAAUAAUUUAAUCUUCAGUAUUUUCUUAAAGGAGGAAAGGAAUUGAGAGUUGAUGACCUCGUUGUCAAGUGAAUUAAAAAACUUAGGUCCUUGAAAAAAGGCGGGAACUUCUUAGUGUUUGUUCGACAAUACGGUAGACGGCAGGCCUGGGAAUUUCUUGUAUUGUAAGAGUCGAACCGUAGAGGUAAGAAUGAAUUUUUGCAAGAAUACAUAAAUUGGCCCAGUUGAAGCUAAUGAAUAUCAUUAAAUCUAAGAAAACCGAG